CACAUAAAGGCGCGGUCGGGCGGACGCUUUGGUCUUUGGGGGCUUUGACGGUCGGAGGGCGGAGAGGUCGUGCGGGCGUCGCUCUGGGCUUCAGUCGGUCACCGAAGAGAGAAAUCCCCCCCCUCCAAUCGACGAGAUGAAGACCGGGUGGUGGUUGUUGUUGUUGUUGUUGCCGCUGUCGGGCCUGUUGGGGGCCCUCGCCGCCGCGUCGCCCGCGGUUCACUUCAGGGAGGAGUUCUCUGAUGGAGAUGUCUGGCAACAACGUUGGGUGGAAUCCAAACACAAGUCUGAUUAUGGACAGUUCAAGCUGACUGCUGGCAAGUUUUACGGUGAUGCGGAGAAAGAUAAAGGUCUGCAGACAAGCCAGGAUGCCAGGUUUUACGCGAUGUCCACAAAGUUCGAACCCUUCAGCAACGAGGGGAAGACCCUAGUCAUCCAGUUCACAGUCAAGCACGAGCAGAACAUCGACUGUGGUGGGGGCUACGUCAAGAUUUUCCCCUCGGACCUGGAUCAGACCGCGAUGCACGGCGACUCGAGCUACAACAUUAUGUUCGGUCCUGACAUCUGUGGCCCAGGGACCAAGAAAGUCCAUGUUAUUUUCAAUUACAAAGGGAAGAAUCACUUGAUUUCGAAAGAUAUCCGAUGCAAAGAUGACGAGUACAGCCAUCUGUACACGCUCGUACUCAGGCCAGACAAUACUUAUGAAGUGAAGAUCGACAACCAGAAGGUGGAGUCGGGCAGCUUGGAAGAAGAUUGGGAUUUUCUUCCGCCGAAGAAAAUUAAGGACCCUGAGGCCAAGAAGUCGGAGGAUUGGGAUGAACGGGCGAAGAUUGAUGAUCCCGAGGAUAAAAAGCCUGAGGACUGGGAGAAACCCGAACACAUUCCAGACCCUGAGGCCAAAAAACCUGACGACUGGGACGAUGAGAUGGACGGGGAGUGGGAACCUCCUAUGAUUCAGAAUCCUGACUACAAGGGUGAAUGGAAACCCAAGCAGAUUGAUAACCCUGAUUACAAGGGGAAAUGGAUCCACCCUGAAAUUGAAAACCCAGAAUACAUCCCAGAUGACGCCCUUUAUCGCUAUGACGACAUCAGCAUAGUCGGUCUGGAUUUAUGGCAGGUGAAAUCUGGGACGAUAUUUGACAACUUCCUCAUCACAGACGACGAAAAAUUUGCUGAAGAAGUUGGGAACGAAACGUGGGGCGUCACUAAGGAUGCGGAGAAGAAGAUGAAGGAGCAGCAGGAUGAGGAAGAUCGGAAGAAACGCGAGGAGGAGGACAAGAACAAGGAGGAAGAGGGGGCCGACGCUGACGAGGAGGAGGAUGACGAUGAAGACGAGGAGGAUGAAGAGAAGGAGGCGGGCGGUGGUGAAGAGGAAGAUGACGACGACGAUGAUGAGGAAGAUGCAGGCAACCCUGUGAAAGAUGAGUUAUAGAGAUUGUAUUGAGAUGAAUGUGGGCAGAAGGUAGUACAGCUGGAAAGUACCAUAACACAUGGAGCAAUUGAGAAACCCUUAUUGGAAUGUUCGCCACUUUGUUCACGAACAAAGUACAUCUUAAAAA